AUGAGUACUAUCGAAAAAGUACUUUCAUUUGAAAUAAAUUUGGUGCAGUUUGAUAAUCCAAAAUUGAUAGCCACCAAAUCUAUGCCAACACUUUCAACACAGUCCAAACAAGAAAAAUAUUGUAUGGAAAGCAAUGUUAGCGUAAUGGACUCUGGCGACUAUGUUGAUGAGACUAAACAGCGUAAUUGUACAGCCGUCUUAAAUAGUAUAUUACCACCAAGGGAAUGGGAAAUGGAUGGUAAAAUAUUUUCUCAACAAAUAUCCAUUCAACCGGCCACUAAACGGGAUGUGAAAAAUCUUGUUGAGAAAUUUGACACAUAUUUAAAAAAAUACAACGCCAAAGAGGUGGGGAUUUGCCCGAUCAAACAAGAAAUAUAUAAUCAAUGUUUUAAUGAAGUCAUAAGACAGGUUACGUUGAACUGUACGGAACGGGGUUUCAUGUUGAUCCGGAUUCGCGAUGAACUCCAGAUGACUAUCGAUGGCUAUAAAGAAGUGUAUGAGAGUGCAUUAGCUCACGGGAUUCGAAAGUCGUUACAGGCAAGUAUUAUAAGCACGAAGCUAAAACAAAUAUUAUAUUAUCAAGUUGACUAA